UCCUGUCACAACGGGCGGGUCUGAUGCAUAUUUAAUGUGGAAUGUUCAAUGCGGAAGACAAACACGGAACACUGAAGGCUUGACAAACUCCCACAGACCCGAGGCAAGUUUCUAAGGAGUUUGUGUGGGACCAAAUUGUUUUACGUGCAUAACCAAACAACCAUGUGGCCAAAUCAAGGUCCACUCCCUCCGAUAGGACCACCAAACCCUGCAUAUCCUCCUGGCUACAACCCAGCUUUCCCUCCGACUCCUUCUUCAGGAACAUUCCCCCAGCCUCCACCUCCACCGUACCCAUCUGUUCAGUACCCAGCUGGCCACUACCCACCCGUCAAUUAUCCAGCUGGCCAAUACCCAGCUUAUGUAAACCCAGCCAUGGUACCAAACCCAGCUCCAGGCACAAUGCCCUAUGGAGCCCCAGGAGCUCAUCCUCAUCCUUAUCCUGUAGCUCCAGGUGGAUAUCCGGUCGUCCGUCCUGCAGGCGUUUAUCCAGGUCAUUAUCCACGCUCUCCUAAAGGGUGUCAUUAUAAAGGCUACCACAGAGCUUAUCCUGCCGGUGUACCUUCCAUGUCUGGUGGGUUAGCUGGAGGUCUGGCACUAGCGGGCAUGGGGCUGAUGGGACAUAAAGCCCAAAAAAAGAUGAGGAAGAAGAUGAAGAAAGCACAUAAAGCUCACAAGUGGCACAAACAUGGCUGCAAGUCCUCCAGCAGCAGCAGCAGCAGUAGUGAUUCAGACUGAGGGCAUCUGUCCAAAACACAGCUUUCACAGCUCUUCAAAAGGUCAACCUGACUAACAGUUAUCACUAAAAGGUCAUUAUACUUAUUUUAAGAGGGUUUCCUAAAAAUGUAGUAUUUUCUUACAUCUCUAAUGGGCUAUUUAUAUUACUAGGAGUGCAGGGUUUUUGUUGUAAAAUGUAUAAACUAUGAAAAAACACAUGUAAAAUUAUUUGAACUACUGUUUUCCUUGUGGUUAGGACCAAUACUGCCAGUUACAUUGAUGUGAAUCUGUCCAGACUCAGAACAAAAACAAGAUGCUGAGGCAGAAUAAAUAUGAUUUCUUUCUUUAUGUACAAACUAUUUUUGUUUUUGGUUUACUGUGGUAAUGAUGUGGAAUUAUUAUUUUUAUUUUACUGUGUUCUCUGAAUUUUAUUUUAUUUUUUAUUUUUUUACAAUGUCAUACAUUUUUUUCAAAGCUUUUUCACUUCAUUUCUGUUUACAUUACUAUAUUACAUUGAUUAAUUAAAACACUUCAAAAUGUA